AUGUCCCAGACAAAGCAGACAACAUCUUCGAGUGGAACGGCACAACGUGUAAACGGAUUAUCUAGCGAGUUAUUAAUGGAAGAAAACAUCCAGAAUCCAAAUGGCGUUUUGCAGACGAAUGUUAUGAAUGGUGUGACAAAUAGGAUUCGAGAGUCUAGUGAAGCAUCAUCGCAUAACACAGCUCUUUCCUUUGUUUCUGGACCAACCUUUACUGCUGGUUCAGUACCUUCAAUGACUUUACAAGGCAGUCCUGCAACAUAUAUUCCAAUACAGGUUCCUGGUGUGAUCGAAACGGCUUUUACUCAAACUCCAGCCUUUGCUACUCCUCCUAUUUAUCCAUCCGCAUUAACAGCUGCAUAUAUCGCUGGUCCUACAGCUGCACCUGCUUCACCUUGUACAUUCCUAUCAGCCGCUACUCCAAUAACAGCAGUCUGCCACUGCAUCUAUGCUCAACCAUGUGCACUUCAUCAUCGUCCAAUCACUUAUGCUUCACAUUCGCUUUCAUCUUUGGGUGCAGUCCCUGCUACAUUAUCGCAAAGCCACUCCCAUACUUUACCAGCAACAAUAACAAGCAAUGUUGCAUCUGCUCGCGUAUCAUCUUUGCCACCUACCUUAGCCUUACCUUCUCUUCGAUCCUCAGUGAUGCGUCUAAAGCGAUCCGGUGAACAGCUUCCUACCAGUCAUCCUCCGAUAACAAAUCCGAAUGGUGCAGCGAAUAUUCGUUUGCAGAAAAUACGUCGUGUUGAACCUAAUACAGAAGCAACCACUUCAUAUCUGACUUCUCAACGACAUGUCGAAGCCCGAGGUGACGAGAGAAAUGCAAUAGAUAGUAGGCCAGGUUUAAAUUCGGCAUUUUGUUGCGAUUGCCGCAGUCGUUCUACCUAUCAGUGUCCUUAUCAGUCCUGUCCAUAUCACAACCAUCAUCAUAUCUGCCCGCGUCAUCCGAUGUGUUUUUGCCAACGCAACGAAUCAGGCAGUAGUUACAGACGUGAAACUGACAUGAAUCCAGUACAUGAUUUGUUACUAUCAUCGCGUGUGGCACAAAUCGAACGUCAACAGCAGGCCAACAAUUUGUGGUUUCAGCGACACUCUUUAGCAUCAAAUAGUCUGAUUGGUGUUGAUAUUGUCCCAAGACGUUUAACGUCUCAACCAGUAGUUUUCUUACCGCGUCAUCACCAACCCAUUAUGGAGCUUGCUAUGGUUCUGUUGCAGCCACAUGAUCCAACGGUUAUUUUGGGUGGCAAUGUGCCUACUUCUAAUGAUCCUAUACCAGUCGGCGCAACUGUUGAACAAAUCAAUCGUUUUUCGACUACCUACAAAUAUAUCAAAGAGAAUGAUAUUCCCGAAAACGAACAAGAACGCUGCACGGUAUGCUUGAAUGAUUUCGAAAUGGACGAAGAAGUCCGAGCUCUUCGCUGCAAUCAUGUAUUCCAUGUCGUUUGUAUCGAUCGUUGGUUGGUGUACAAUAAAAAAUGCCCGGUCUGUCGUUUAGAUGUGGAUAAAACAAACGUAGUAUCAGUGGUAUCCCUGUGA